AUGUCUGAAGAAGAAGUAAUAGUCCCUCAGAAACAAGAGGAUCAAGUUUUAGAUGAAAAUUUAGACAGAAGAACGUUGUUCGUGCGUUCUAUCCCGUUUGAAGCCACAUCUUCAGAAUUAGAGGAAUUUUUUUCACAAUUCGUCCCAGUGAAGCAUGCAGUAAUUGUUAAUGACGAGAACCAAAAAUCAAGAGGUUUUGGGUUUGUUUCAUUCACGUUAGAUGAAGAUACAUUGACGGCAUUAGUUGAAUCUAGAAAGUCGAAAUUUAAGGGUCGUUUAUUAAGAGUUGAUAUUGCGAAAAGAAGAGAGCGUAAAGAUAGAACAAGCAGCAGUGUCACAGCUAGUAAAGAAAGAACUGUGGCAGCACCUGUCGAAAAGAGAAGAGCUAGAUUAAUUAUCCGUAACUUGCCUUGGUCUUGUAAGAAACCAGAUCAAUUGAAGAAGAUUUUUUCUAAGUAUGGUGCAGUGUACGAUGCGUACAUCCCAAAGAAGAAAGGUGGGCAGAUGUGUGGGUUUGCAUUUGUGACAAUGAAAAAGGACUCUGCGGCCGAAAAGGCUGUAAAAGAUUCUGUUGGAUUGAAGAUCGACGACAGAGAAGUCGCUGUUGAUUUGGCCAUUGAAAAAUCUAAAUGGGAAGAAAUCAAAGAAGAUGAAGACGAGGAAGAAGAAGAAGAGAACGAAGAAGAAGAUGAAGAAGAGAUAGACCCAAGUCAAGAAGAUGAAGUCGAAGAAAAUGACGAUGAAGAAUCUGAUGUUGCGGAAGAUUUUGACGAAUUAAAUAAUCCUGAUUCUAAGGUUGCUGAAGAAGAUGAGGAAGAAAAGGAGGAAGAAGAAAUACCAAGGAAAAAGAAUAAUAAACAAGAAGCAUUUGCCCUUUUUGUUCGUAAUAUACCGUAUGAUGCCACACCUGAGUCCUUGGAAGAGCAUUUUGAGCAAUUUGGACCAGUUAAGUAUGCAUUGCCUGUUAUUGAUAGGGAAAGCGGAUUAGCAAAAGGUUCUGCCUUUGUUGCGUUCAAAAAAGAAGAUGCUUACCUUGAUUGUUUAGAUAAUGCACCAUCUGUUGCUUCUACGUCAUUGUUAAUUGCUGAUGAUGUUUCUCCAGCUUAUGUCUAUCAGGGACGUAUAUUGUCCAUUGCAUCUGCUGUUGAUAGAGAAUCUGCUCAUAAAUUGGCUGAAAGAAAUGUUGAAAAGAGAAAAGAGAUAUUAGGUAAGGCGCCAUCUGAAAAAGAUAAACGUAAUUUAUACUUGUUGAAUGAAGGUCGUAUUACCGAAAAUUCUAAAUUAGCUCAAUUCAUAUCAAAAACUGAUCUUGAAAUGAGAGAAAAAUCUUACAAGUUGAGAGUCCAACAAUUAAACAAAACUCCAUCAUUGCAUUUAUCUUUGACAAGAUUAGCUAUUAGAAAUCUUCCAAGAGCUAUGAAUUCAAAAGCUUUGAAAGCAUUGGGUCGUAAGGCUGUUGUUCAAUUUGCAACUGAAGUGAAGGAAGAAAAAAGACAACCAUUAUCAAAAGAGGAACUCAACCGUUCUGUUAAACAUAAGCAUGAUAUUGGAGAAUUUGAAACAGAUAAGAAAAAGACAAAAAAAUUGGGUGUUGUUAAACAAGCUAAAGUUAUCAAUGAAAUCAAAGGAAGUGGUGAAAUUGGACGUAGUAGAGGUUAUGGUUUUAUCGAAUUCAGAGAUCAUAAAACUGCAUUGAUGGGUUUAAGAUGGUUAAAUGCUCAUGAAGUUACUAUUCCUGAAGUUUUAGAAGGUAUGACCGAUGAAGAAAAAAAAUUAGCCGAGUUGGAAGGUCUUGCAAAAAGAAAAUUAAUUGCUGAGUUUGCUGUUGAAAACGCUGAAGUUGUCAAAAGAAGAAGGGAAAAAACAUACCAAGCUCGUAAUAACAAAGAAGAUGAAAAUAAUACAGAGAAGAAGAGCUUCGAUAGGAAGAGAAAAAGAGAUGACAGGGAUGGUGGUAAAGAUAAUAAGGGUGACCCGAGAAAGAACGAUAAAAGAGCAAGAAAGGGCCCUAAUAGAAAAGGUAAUAUGAAUAAAGGUGCAAAACCUACACCUAAUGGAAAUCAAACCGAAUCUAAAGGACCACAGAACAAAUCUGGUUUAUCUGAUAACGUUAAGAAUAUCAUUGGUAUCAAACGUAAGAGAAGAAAGGGCAAAAACUAG